UCCACAUGUCUGUCCCUAAUGUUAGACUUUCUCUCUCUUCUCAACCAAAGUUUCUUCUUUUCUUCCUUUUUCUUCAUUUUCACACAAAUUUCAAGAACACCCGUUUCACAAAAUCUCAACUUUUCUUCAUCAAUGGCGGAUCCAAUCCCAAUCACAAAACCCCAUUUGCGGAUCCAACCAAAACCAAUCAAAAAAGGUAACUCUUGUUCAGAUUUCAUCAUAAAGUUUCUAUUUUUAGCAAUUUUCAUCAUUGUUCUUCCACUUUUUCCUUCACAAGCUCCUGAAUUUUUGAACCAACCCAUACUCACCAAGUUAUGGGAGCUUCUUCACCUUCUUUUCAUUGGCAUUGUUGUUGCUUAUGGUCUUUUUAGUAGAAGAAAUGCUGAAUUAGAAACUAAUGAUAGUGAUAAUAAUAGUGCUAAUUAUGUUUCUAAGUUUUUUCCUGCUUCAACUAUUUUUGGUGAUGAAUGUGAAAUUGAGAAUUCAUGUGGGUUUGAUGAGAAUAAGAUGAUGCAUUGUUGGAAUGAUGGGUCUAACUCUAAUGAGGGUGGUAAUAGUAGUACUGCUGGUGUUUUUGAUGAACAGUACAAUACCGAAAAAUUGUCGAAUUCUGAUGAUAAUUUUGGUUAUUCAGUUGGUUUUGAUGGUGGAAAUGAUGGAACUAAUGUGGUUCAAUCUUGGAAUUCUGAGUAUUUUUAUAGUGAGUCUGUUGUUGUUGCUCAACCUUACUUUGGUAAUGUUGAAUGUGGUGAGGUUGUUGGUCAUAAACCUCUUGGAUUGCCGGUUCGAAGUUUGAAAUUGGUUGAAAGAGAAGUGGAUGGUGUUCGUAAAUAUUUCAAUGAAAAUGGAAGUGAUUCGAGUUUAGGUUCAAGGCGUUCAUCUAAGAGGUUAGAUGUGAUUGAAGAUAGGGAAUUUGGAGAUAUGGAUCCUACCAAUUUGGAGGAAAAGUUUAAUGAUGCUUCUGUUGGUGUUGGUGGAAUUGCUUCACCUUCGCCUAUCGACUGGAAUUCGAGGUUUGGAAGGAUUGAAAGGGAAAACGUUUAUGGCAAUGUUAAUGGUCCAUUGCAGUUUCGGCCUCUUUCGGUUGAUGAGACUAAGUUUGAAGGACUUGGCACGUACUCUUCACAGUCUACAACAUCUUUCUCUUCUAAUGCUGGUAUGUAUUCUUCUUCGUUUGAUUCGAUUGCAUCAGAUAAUAUCAAUAUGUAUUCCUCUUCGUUUGAUUCGAUUGCAUCGGAUAAUAUCAACACGGGUUUUCAAGAGGAAGAAAUGAGACAGCAGAAGGAGGAAUCCUAUGUGCCUGCUUUGGAAAAGAAGAAUUUUCGAGACAACAGUGUGAGACGGAGGAAGACUUCUUCGUUUGUGCCUGCUCGAGAAAAUAUGAUUUUCGAAGAGGAAGGUAUGGAACAAAGGAUUCAAAGAAGAGAUUCGGGGAAGAAGGUAUCCGAGGGCCGAUCUUUAAGAAACAGAAGAGUAGGUACUAAAGGGAAGCAUGCUGCAAAUUUAAGGCCAAUGUCUGUUGAUGAAACUCAAUUUGUCGAAUUGCUUAGUUCACAGUCUUUCCAGUCAACAGGAUCUUUUUCUGCCAACGCGAGAAUGUAUUCUUCGAUGGACUCAAUUUCUUCAGACACUAUAGACUUCCAAGAGGAAGUUGUGGAACAAAAAGAGACUUCCCCUUUGCAUACUUCAGAAAAUAUGAAUAUCCAGGAGGAAGAUAUGCAUACUUCGGAAAAUAUGAAUUUCCAGGAGGAAGAUAUGGAGCACAAUAACACUUCCUAUGUGCAUGCUUCAGAAAAUGUCGGUUUCCAAGUGGAAGAUUUGGGACAAAAGAAGACUUCAUUUGUGCCUUUUUCUGAAGAUAUGAAUUUCCAUGAGGUGGAUUUGGCGACGAAAAUUUCUCAGGUAUCUUCAGGAAAUGAAACAAUGGAACUUAGAGGGAAAUAUGCUGCUGUUUCUCAUCCUUCGCAUUUCAGGCCAAUAUCUGUUGAUGAAACUCAACUUGAGUCACGUAUUUCACGGUCUUUACAGUCUGUGGGAUCUUUCUCAUCUCACACGAGUAACACAAGUUUGCGUUCUUCCGUAGAUUCUGUUUCAUCAGAAAAUAUGAAUCCGCUGCAGGAAGGUUUAGGGGAAAAGAAGAGCUUGCAUGGAUCUUCUUCCUCUUCUUCUUCGUCUUCUUCAAGUUCACCUUCAUCUUCGGCUAGAAGGAAUGCCGAAACUUCAUUGCAGCCAUUUGUUAGCUUGCUACACGAUGACAUGAAGAGUAAUCUGAAUGAUGACUUCAAGAGUAAAAGUGGGACCGCAGGCGAGGAUCCAUCUGGGAACAAAGAGUCGGUGAUGCAUGGUUUGCAUUCGGACUCAGACAGGCCAACAAGUCUAGCAAAAGCUCUGUCAAGGGGGAAAUCAGUUAGAACAAGAAGAGCCAGUGGAUUGCCUUCAGGGACGACGAAAGUUGAUGAAACGUCUAGCAAGCAAACCGAUGAAAAGGUUGUUGUAAAGAAGCAGAAUAAUGUUGAUACAGCAAUGAGAAAAGAUAAAAUGAGAAGUAGAGAACCAGAUCUUCUAUUCAAAGGGAUCAGUAAGAAAACUCUUGAUUGCUAUUUUCCUAACCAUGAUGAGAUUAUGUUGCCGAGUCAUCGUAAGAGAGAUAAACCAGAACCAUCCAAGAGUGAGUAUAAGGAAGACUCGGACAACAAGCUUGAGAGCCUCCAGAGUAGCUCGGACGAAGAUGUGGUGUCUGAACAUGUCAAUGAUUCAGGAUUGGAUUCUGAGGUGGAUAAGAAAGCUAGUGAAUUUAUCGCCAGGUUCAAAGCUCAAAUUAGGCUUCAGAAAAUUGGAUCAAUUGAAAGAUCAAAAGGUCAAAAAAUCUUUGGUGAUAACAAUGUUAGGUGACUUGUAAACUAUAUUGUUGUACUCUCCAUUAGUUCAUUUAACCAGAUGAAUAUGAAGUUCAUCAAGAGGUUUUUUCAAUAUCGUGUUUCAUUGAGCUUUCUUCAUUUUAGGAGAUCCUGUUUAUAGUUCAAAUUCUGUUAUUUUGUGGCAGCAGAACUUCCACUUGUUUAUUUUCACAUACAACUAAUUGCUUUCUUGUGCCUCUUUUUCUUUCCCAAGUUAAAUAUUACCAUCUUUAUUUUC